GGGAGGGCCUCUCAGAAAGGUUUCAAUUCAAGAGGCGGGGUUCGAAGGCGUAUCUCAUCCCCUGCUGUACAGUAGUCAAGAAGGAGGUGUGAGGUGGCCACUACCUGCUGGGGAUCCCUGUCCCUGCUUGGGAUCAGGUGUCCUCAUUAGUGAGGUUUUCCUGGGUCACCUCUGUACCUUUUGUAAACACCUGGACCAACCAUUUGCUAGGUUUCUAGUUGUAGCCUUAAGAUUCUGACCCAUAAGGGACCUUCACACCCUUCUCAAACCCUAAAUUAUAGCAUAUCGCAGCAUCAAGUCCUAGAACACUUCUCUAGCUGCUUUUCAUUUCAGUGGCUGAAUCAAAUACCUCCACCUAAUCUGUUUUUCUCCACCCACAUCCUUAGCUUUCCUCCACAUUCUUGUGUAAAUACUUGGGAUGAUAAAUGUUUUACUCCAACAUAGUGGCUAUAACAUCUCAGAAGAAAGUAGGAUUGCUUUUUAGAAGGAUUGGUCUAAUUAAAUACUCAUUUCUUUUCCCUUCGUAGGUUUUUGAAACAUGAAUCCUUCACUCUUCCUGGCUGCCCUUUGCUUGGGAAUAGCCUCAGCUGCUCCAAAACAUGAUCACAUUUUAGAUGCACAAUGGAACCAGUGAAAGGCAACGCAUAGAAGACUAUAUGGCGUGAAUGAAGAAGGGUGGAGGAGAGCAGUGUGGGAGAAGAAUAUGAGAAUGAUUGAACUGCACAAUUGGGAAUACAGCCAAGGGAAACAUGGCUUCACGAUGGCAGUGAAGGCCUUUGGUGACAUGACCAAUGAAGAAUUCAGGCAGGUGAUGAAUGGCCUUAAAAACCAGACGCACAGGAAGGGGAAAGUGUUUCAAAAACCACUCUCUGCCAAGAACCCCGAAUCUGUGGAUUGGAGAGAGAAAGGCUGAACUCCUGUGAAGGAUCAGGGUCUUUGUGGUUCUUGUUGGGCUUUUAGUGCAACUGGUGCCCUUGAAGGACAUACGUUCUGGAAAACUGGCAGACUUGUUGCACUGAGUGAGCAGAACCUAAUGGACUGCUCUUGGGCUCAAGGCAAUGACGGCUCCUUUGGUGGCCUCAUGGAUAAUGCCUUCUAGUACGUCAAAGACAAUGGAGGCCUGGACUCGGAGGAAUCCUAUCCAUAUCUUGCAAGGGUAAGCGGAAAUCCUGCAAAUAACAAGCCUGACUAUUCUGCUGCCAAUGACACUGGCUUCCUGGACAUCCAGAAGGAGAAGUUCCUUAUGGAGGCAGUGGCAACUGUGGGGCCCGUCUCUGCUGGGAUAGAUGCCAGCCAGGAUACGUUCCACUUCUAUAAAGAUGGCAUUUAUUAUGAUCCAGCCUGCAGCAGGGAAUAUGUGAAUCAUGCCAUUCUGGUGGUUGGCUAUAGCUCUGAAGGAAAAGAUUCAAAUAAUAAAUAUUGGCUUGUCAAGAACAGCUGGGGUAUAGGUUGGGGCAUGAAUGGCUACAUAAAGAUGGCCAAAGGCUGGAACAACCACUGUGGAAUUGCCAACCUGGCCAGCUAUCCUGUCACCUAGAGGACUUGACUGAGAACAGAAUAUCCAGAGGAGGAAUUUUAUGUUAAACUGACCAGACCUUAUCGUGUGGAAUAAUACACUUGAAUCAUUGAAGAUCCAAAUUGUGAUUUGAAUGUUGUGACUUUUUUUGUGUGUGUGAGGAAGACCAGCCCUGAGCUAAGGUCCGAUGCCAAUCCUCCUUUUUAUUUGCUAAGGAAGAUUGGCCCUGGGCUAACAUCCGUACCCAUCUUCCUCUGCUUUAUAUGGGACACCGCCACAGCAUGGCUUGACAAGCGGUGCAUCAGCGCGCGCCUGGGAUGCGAACCUGCUAACCCCCAGCCACUGAAGCGGAGCGCACGCACUUAGCUGCUACGCCACCGGGCCAGCCCCUGAAUGUUGUGACAUUUUAUGCUGGUAAAAUGUUACCGCUUCUUUAAUUACUGCUGUAAUAGCUUUAUAUGAUUGACUUGCCUAAUAACUUUUGAAUUUUCAUGUUUUAAAGAUGUAUAUAGUUUUACCUUGAGAAAUAAAACUGAA